AUGGCCAAAGGCCACAAGGAACCACAACUGACCUUCAUCUUGCAAGGAGGCCCGUCUGGACGCAUCUCAGGCGUCAACCUGUCUGAUGUCAACGCUCACGUCGCGCGAGUACAGCAUCAGCGAAAGCGAGGGCCAGCAUCACCAUCGUCAUGCUCGCCAGCACCGAGGAGACCGCUGACGGCGUACGAGCGCAUUAGGGAGAAGCAGCAGCAGCAGCAGCAGCCGGUUUUGACGCACGUCUUCUCCAACAGAGGCCAGGGUGAGCACAAUGUACCACCGCCGGUCGUACUGGCGGGGAAUUCUGACCCCUUCGCGUCGACGACCAUUGCCGUCACGGCGUCGGUCAACCAUCUCCUGAUCUUCACUCGGGACUUUAUCCUGCCGGCCAACCACGGCAACGAAGCGGCUCUCUACGGCGGCAAGAUACACAUGCACCGUUAUUGGAGGGACAAUGUCAGGGGCCUUGAUGACGGCCGCGCGGACGGGUACGCCUACCUGGCGCGCUCGGCGGCCAUUCUCGCCAAGAUCAAGCCGGAGAACGAGACGGUCCUGCUCGCCCUGCACUACAUCGGCAAAGCGACGAGCAAGCUGCGCGAGUCCAUGCUGGAGCGCGAAGACUCCCAAGCUCAUAUGUGGGAAGUGUACGCCCUGCUGGCGGCCGAAGUCGCGGCCCACAACUUCAAAGCAGCGGCCGUGCAUGGGCGCAUGCUGGCCCGUCUGCUUCAGCCCGAAGGCAAGACCCUCAAGGCCGAGCCACGGCUCUUGAUGGGCGCGCUCUUCCAGGACAUGACGCGCGCGUGUCUCUCGCUGACGAGACCCUCGUUCGACCUCGACCGCUGGGAUGCCGAGCAUCUGCCCGCGCACAUCAUCGACGAAAUCGCCCCAGAGAGCCGCGACGGUCCGUCCGCGCUGCCCUUUUAUGAAGACCUGGCCCCUUCGUUGCCGCGCUCAUUCGCCGCUCUGGUGAUUGGGGUGCGUGAAUGGCACCAUGCACUCGGCAUGGGGAUGCUCAACAAGAGUCUCGCCACGCUCAAGGUCUUCACCAAUGCGGCGAUGAAGAUCAUGCUCCUUUCGGGUCAUUUCCUCACCCGUUACCUUGAUAGGGUGGAGUUGUGGUCUCAUUUCCCGUCGCCGGAGUUGCUGGUCGACGCGUGCUUGGCCCUCGCGGCCGCGUACUGGGUGCGGCGCGCCGUCCACGACCGCAUGGACGCGGGCAGUAAGCUCGAGGAAGCGGGCAGCUGGGCGUUUGACAUGAGCCUCGUGGUGGCUCGGCGGUUACGCGAGCUGGACCUCAAGGUUGAGGAGCAGGGGCAGGGAUUGGUCAAAUUAGGGAGCGAGGCUGCAGAAGAUCGCCUUUGGUGGUUAUUUGUCGGCACCAUGGCCGAGAGGAACGUGCGCCUCAUGCCGGAUUGUGGGGACUACAAGGAUUAUCAUGGCGGGAGGUUCGUGCGGCUCGCACGGGAGAUGGGCCUGACGGAGUGGGCUGACCUGGAGCAUGUGUUGAGGAUGUAUUUGUUCGUGGAGCCCAUGGGGAGGAAGACGAAGAAGUGGUUCCUCGCGAAUGUCAAUGCGAGUGUCAAUGUCCGUGUUGAUGUCACCAGUGGGCCGGGAGACAAGACAUGA